UCCUUUUCUCCUCACUACCCUUCCCAACCUCAAAAGAACCAUUGACUAGCAUAUUCACACAACUACUUUAAGCGCCCGACUCCUAUAUCUGCGUUCAUCACACAACCACACCGCUUAUUAUGACUGGCCAUCAAGAAGGUGGCAGCACUGACCCGCCGCCAUAUAUCAACCUGUCUAACCAUCCGCUCUCCAGCGAGGAUAAGCGACUGCUUGAGAAGUAUGCUCCUUUGCCCAAGGGCUUUGAGGAGGAUGAACAUGGCGUAUUCCACUGGGUGAUUGAUGACUAUGACAAGAAGCUCAAGCAGUCUAAGGAGAAUAGCACUGUGUAUUCGCAGGCGUUUACCCUCGCUGGCUGCCAGUGGCAGCUCCACAUGUACCCGCAAAGCACUCUGCACCCAGAAUAUGUCGGUAUGCGUAUCAGAUGCGACACUGUGGAUGUUGUACCGGAAGACUGGGAAAAGUGUGUGGUGUAUGGAGUCGUCAUGUCGAAUGUCAAUGACCCUAACAGCUACGAGAACGCUACUUCAAGGUUCAGGGUGUCGCACAAGAUACCUGCGUCAGUGUACGACAAGUUUAUCAUCAGAGAAAAGCUCAGCAAGCGCCAGACAUAUAACGACAAGCCUGUCUUGGAAGACAACAAGGUGCGCGUCAGCAUCUAUAUGCGCACAAUUCUCGACGACACCGGUGUUCUGUGGGAGUACUUCAAGAAGGGGUACAGCUCGUACGAGCAAACCGGGUAUGCUGGGCUGCUCGCCCAGGACAGGUGCUUGCCGCUGGCUCCGCUCCUGCAGUCGCUGUUCCAUAUCAAGCAGCUGCGCACUACAAUGGAGUCAGCGGUAUAUGCCGACAACGAGCCUGACAGCUUGCUGGCGAUUGCACUGCUUGAGCUUUUUGCAGCGAUGAAGAAGAGCACGCGUCCAGUGAGCACGACAAAGGUGGAAUCCGCUGUCAAACUGCUUGGCGUCGCUACGCAGCCUUACCCGUCCAACAGCCAAAUCGGCGAAUUCACCGCCGCGUUCCUUGAGAGUCUUGUGGCAGGCCUGACCAAAGCAACUCGCUCAAAGCAUAUCGAGAUCUUGCUGGGAGGCCUGAAACGGACCACUACGAAGCGCGUGGGGGGCGGGGACACGAAGCGGCUUUCGUUCUUCCAGCGGCUAGGUUCCUCUGACAAAACCGUGGUUGAAUCGCCGGUCAACCCUCUACGCCUCAACAUUAGGGGGUUCCAUAGCGUCGCAGAUGCACUGCGCAACCACUUUAGCCUGCAUAUUUUGACUGGCGACGAGCGGCCACGAUCAAAGGGAAUCGUCCCGUAUGAUGCCACUGAGAAAAUAGAUCUGCUUUACCUGCCUUCCGUUCUCUUUAUCUACCUGAGUCGGUUUGACAUCGCAGGGACGCCAGCAAAGGUCACCAAAAGCGACGCAGAUAUCGAGUUCGAGGAGCGAUUGGAUAUGGCCGAGGUAAUUGCGGGGUCGGAUAUAAGCUCGAGUUCGUCCCGCUACACACUGUAUGGGGUCAUGGUCCAUCGAGGUGAUGCUGAGAGAGGAAACCACUUCUGCAUCCUGCGCCCAACCGUCGAUGACAAAUGGUUCAUAUUUGAGGAUGAGCUUGUUGUUCCCGUCAGGCGCGAUGAGGUAUUCGACCAGUAUGAUGCCAAGGACAUAGCGUGCUCGUUCAACGAAGCCAAGCGCCAAAGGGACAUCGUCGGAGCAAAGAGAUUCGCAAACGCCUAUAUGCUCGUGUAUGUCCGUGACGACAAGACCUCGAAAAUCAUUGGUAUGUGAAGAUAAUAAAUUCAUUUUGGUGCUCUGAACCACAAUACCCAUUGCACAUAGCAGGUAGCAUGUGGAUGUGGCAAAAUGGAUGUGGACCG